AUGAAUUCAGAGAUAGUAAAUGUGUUAUCGGUGUCUCAGCUACUUAGGGUAUAUUGACAGACUGAGCCCUCUCUCUCCUGGCUCCUUGGAUGCCUCCCAAAUGGCACCCAAUUCCGUAUAUAGUGCACUACCUUUGACCUGUAUGGUUAAAGUCAAAAUGGACUAGUGUAGACCCUGGUCAAAAGUAGUGCACCACGUAGAGAGAUAUUGGGUGCCAUUUGGGAUGCAUGUCUUGUGUUUCUGUCAUUAAAAUACUGACUGACAAGUCAUAUAUUUGGUUCACUGUCUUUCAUGAGGUCGGGAGAAGCAGCAGAGUACAACCUAUCAACCCUCAUCCCAAAGCUAGGGAAAUGUAUCCUGAUCUGGCCCAAGGUGUCAGAGAUGUAUUCCAUCCUCAUCCCAAAGCUAGGGAAAUGCAUCCUGAUCUGCCCCAAGGUGUCAGAGAUGUAUUCAACCCUCAUCCCAAAGCUAGGGAAAUGUAUCCUGAUCUGCCCCAAGGUGUCAGAGAUGUAUUCAACCCUCAUCCCAAAGCUAGGGAAAUGCAUCCUGAUCUGCCCCAAGGUGUCAGAGAUGUAUUCAAACUCUCAUCCCAAAGCUAGGGAAAUGUAUCCUGAUCUGCCCCAAGGUGUCAGAGAUGUAUUCAACCCUCAUCCCAAAGCUAGGGAAAUGUAUCCUGAUCUGCCCCAAGGUGUCAGAGAUGUAUUCAACCCUCAUCCCAAAGCUAGGGAAAUGUAUCCUGAUCUGCCCCAAGGUGUCAGAGAUGUAUUCAACCCUCAUCCCAAAGCUAGGGAAAUGUAUCCUGAUCUGCCCCAAGGUGUCAGAGAUGUAUUCAACCCUCAUCCCAAAGCUAGGGAAAUGUAUCCUGAUCUGCCCCAAGGUGUCAGAGAUGUAUUCAACCCUCAUCCCAAAGCUAGGGAAAUGUAUCCUGAUCUGCCCCAAGGUGUCAGAGAUGUAUUCAACCCUCAUCCCAAAGCUAGGGAAAUGUAUCCUGAUCUGCCCCAAGGUGUCAGAGAUGUAUUCAACCCUCAUCCCAAAGCUAGGGAAAUGUAUCCUGAUCUGCCCCAAGGUGUCAGAGAUGUAUUCAACCCUCAUCCCAAAGCUAGGGAAAUGUAUCCUGAUCUGCCCCAAGGUGUCAGAGAUGUAUUCAACCCUCAUCCCAAAGCUAGGGAAAUGUAUCCUGAUCUGCCCCAAGGUGUCAGAGAUGUAUUCAACCCUCAUCCCAAAGCUAGGGAAAUGUAUCCUGAUCUGCCCCAAGGUGUCAGAGUGAAUUCAACCCUCAUCCCAAAGCUAGGGAAAUGUAUCCUGAUCUGCCCCAAGGUGUCAGAGAUGUAUUCAAUCCUCAUCCCAAAGCUAGGGAAAUGUAUCCUGAUCUGCCCCAAGGUGUCAGAGAUGUAUUCAACCCUCAUCCCAAAGCUAGGGGAAAUGCACCAGUGGAUGAGAGGGCAGAUGAGACAUGGCUUCAGUUCCUGUCAGGAGAGAGUUGACAAUCAAUCUGAAUUGAUUUCGACAUCCCAGAGAAGACAGUAGAAACGUCCAUGUGCUCAGCAACUAACCAUCCUAAAGGCCAUCUUAAUGCAGUAGUGUCGAUAAGCUGCUUGAGAAUAUCCCUGUUUCUUCUUACCUCCUCCAGACGCAGACCUUCAUCCAAUUCAUGAUCCAUGCAGCUUUUUUCCCAGAAGCUUGAAUCUGAUGUGGGCAAUGAAAGGGGUUCUUCAACAAAAAAUCCACUACAUUGUCGUUAGCGUUAGCCACUCUGGCAGAGAAAACUGCACUCUGGUAGCUAGCUAAUUAGUGGCUACUAAAGUUAGCAAGGCAAAUUGAAAUAAAUUGCAUUAACUCAACAAAAAAAGAAAGUUCUAAAACCAAGAAAACAAUAUAUAGUCUACUUCCUCCGUAUCCUGCAGUUUGAAGAAACUAAUUUGAAUUAAAAAAUAUCCCCAAAAUGCUCAACUACCACUAUUCACUAUCUCAAUUCAAAAUCUAUCUAACAAUGUCACCAACUCACCAAGCUUCUAAAACAUACUUAGUAUUAGGUUCAUUCUCUGAUUGGAUGGACAGCAUGUUAGCUCAUACUGCAAAAGCUUUGAUUGGUUGGAGGACGCCCGCCGGAGAUCGUCAUAAUCGCCAUAGGUCUAUAGAAGGGUUGAGGAACUUCCUAGGUCUUGUAUUGAAGUCAAUGUACCAAGAGGAGGACGGAAGCUAGCUGUCCUCCGGCUACACCAUGGUGCUACCCUACAGAGUGCUGUUGAGGCUACUGUAGACCUUCUUUGCAAAACAGUGUGUUUUAAUCAAUUAUUUGGUGACGUGAAUAUAUUUAGUAUAGUUUUAUCUGAAAAAUGAUCACUUUUCUUUUAUGUUUCAUUAUUUGUGUGUGUGUGUGUGUGUGUCCCCCAGGGGUCCUGUGGUUGUCGGUGGUAUCAGAGAUACUCUACAUCAUGUUGUUGGUGGUUGGGUUCAGUCUCAUGUGUCUGGAGCUCUUCCAUUCCAGCAACGUCAUCGACGGACUUAAACUCAACGCCUUCGCUGCUGUCUUCACCGUGCUCUCAGGUAACACACACACAUACACGCACACACACAUCUAUCUCUCUCUCUCUCUCUCUACACCUCUCUUUCUCUCUCUCUCUUUCUGUGUUUCUGUCUCUGUCUCUCUCUCUCCUCUCUGGCUAUCUCUCUCUCUCUUUCUGUAUCUCUCUCUCUCUCUUUCUGAGUCUCCCCCCCCCCCCCCCCCCUCCCUCUCUCUCUCUAGCCGCAGGACAGCUGGCACCCUAUUCCCUACAUUGUGCACUACUUUAGACCAGGACCCAUAGGGACUACAUAGUGUCUACAUAGGGACUACAUAGGGACUACAUAGGGAAUACAUAGGGAAUCGGAUGCCAUUUGGGACACAUUCAGAGAUUAUUACAUUUGUCUACCGGCACACACACACACAAAUGCAUACACACAAACACUUCAUCUUAUACGCAUAAAAACAGCAGCUGCAUGUUGGUGUUGUAAUCCAGUAACACAUAGCGUUGUCCUCUUAAUGAGUAUCUAUAUCAAUGUUACUUAAUGUGUACUGUGUGUUUAUGAGGAAUUACCAUAUAUAAUGUAAUAUAUGACAGGUCAUACAGAUGGCAGUGUGUUUAUGAGUAAUUACCGUAUAUAAUGUAAUAUAUGACAGGUCAUACAGAUGGCAGUGUGUUUAUGAGGAAUUACCAUAUAUAAUGUAAUAUAUGACAGGUCAUACAGAUGGCAGUGUGUUUAUGAGGAAUUACCAUAUAUAAUGUAAUAUAUGACAGGUCAUACAGAUGGCAGUGUGUUUAUGAGGAAUUACCAUAUAUAAUGUAAUAUAUGACAGGUCAUACAGAUGGCAGUGUGUUUAUGAGGAAUUACCAUAUAUAAUGUAAUAUAUGACAGGUCAUACAGAUGGCAGUGUGUUUAUGAGGAAUUACCAUAUAUAAUGUAAUAUAUGACAGGUCAUACAGAUGGCAGUGUGUUUAUGAGGAAUUACCAUAUAUAAUGUAAUAUAUGACAGGUCAUACAGAUGGCAGUGUGUUUAUGAGGAAUUACCAUAUAUAAUGUAAUAUAUGACAGGUCAUACAGAUGGCAGUGUGUUUAUGAGGAAUUACCAUAUAUAAUGUAAUAUAUGACAGGUCAUACAGAUGGCAGUGUGUUUAUGAGUAAUUACCAUAUAUAAUGUAAUAUAUAUGACAGGUCAUACAGAUGAAUCAGUCUAGUGUGAGUUAUGAGUUUAAUGUUAAGUUAUUAAUGGAGGUGAGGGGAGGAUUUAGUUUGUUAUGUAACUGUUUAUGUGUGUGUGUGUAUAAACCUCUGUGUGUGUAUGUGUGUGUGUGUGUGUGUGUGUGUGUGUGUGUGUGUGUGUGUGUGUGUGUGUGUGUGUGUGUGUGUGUGUGUGUGUGUGUGUGUGUGUGUGUGUGUGUGUGUGUGUGUGUGUGUGUGUGUGUGGUGUGUGUGUGUGUGUGUGUGUGUGUGUGUGUGUGUGUGUGUGUGUGUAUGUGUGUGUGUGUGUGUGUGUGUGUGUGUGUGUAUGUGUGUGUGUUUAAACCUCUGUGUGUGUGUGUAUGUGUGUGUGUUUAAACCUCUGUGUGUGUGUGUAUGUGUGUGUGUCUAACCUCUGUGUGUGCGUCUCCUCAGGUCUGCUAGGCAUGGUGGCUCACAUGAUGUACACCCAGGUGUUCCAGAUCACAGUGAGUCUAGGUCCUGAAGACUGGAGACCCCACUCCUGGGACUACGGCUGGUCCUUCUGGUCAGUACUCAUAGUGUCUGUGUGUGUGUGUGUUUUGGUAAGAGUGAUGACAUAUCAGAGUCUGAAUAUGAGUGGUUACUGACUGUACAUUUCUCCAGUGAAACACUGGUGUCACAGUCAAAAAGCAGCAACAAAGGGUGUAGUAUAUAAACCAGUGAUUCCAGAAUGUACUGAGCAUUCUAGAAGUUCUAUUCAUUCCAUGCCAUUCUAUACUGUCCAACUCCCAUCUCGGAACACAAGCAACAUCUCCAUCUAGAAACCAGCUGACGACCGACCGUUGUGUCCAUAUCAACCCACCCGUAUUUAUAAACACCAACACAUAUGGCUGUUUUCUCUAGGCGAUGCGUCCCAAAUGGCACCCUAUUCCCUACAUAGUGCACUACUUUUGGCCAGAGUUUUAUCACUCCGCCUUAUGGGCAUAGGGUAUAAUUUGGGACGCUGCCUUGGUUAAUGAGUGUGCCUUAGAUUCUCCUUGACUUUCCACCUUCCACGUCUAGAGCUAGAGAAGACAGCUGUUGUCUGGGACACAUGCUCACACACACACGAGGAGGAAGAGGUAUUUCUAUUGGCUGAAUCAGUCUCUCUCUCUCUCUCUCUCUCUCAUCUCUCUCUCUCUCUCUCUCUCUCUCUCUCUCUCUCUCUCUCUCUCUCUCUCUCUCUCUCUCUCUCAGCCUGGCGUGGGGCUCCUUCACCUGCUGCAUGGCAGCUUCCGUCACCACCCUCAACUCCUACACCAAGACGGUCAUCGAGUUCCGGCACAAGCGCAAACUGUUCGAGCAGGGUCUCAGGGAGGAGCAGAACUACCUCGACCAGGAUGCCUUCCACUACUUCAGGGACCGCUCCCUCCAGUCCAUCUCCAGCUCCAUGGAGGUCUACCCUGGGCACGGGGGAGGAAGGCUGCCUGGGGGUCCUGGAGGUGUUGGGGGAGGCCUGGUGGGGUCCGGGCUGCUUGGAGUACCAGGGAAAGGGAAGAUGAGGGGGCACUCAGGUUCCAUCGACCUGGGAGAGAACUCGGAGUCCCUGGGGGAGGAACAGUGCUGAGAGAGAGGGGGGAGAGGGUUGUGAAAUUCCAGUAACCUUCCAAAAAUGCCAAGUUUUUCCCGGAAAUCCUGGUUGUAAAGCUCUGGGAAUCAGAAGGGGACGAUGAGCAGCACAUUGGGAAUAUUCCAACCAGGAUUUCUGGAAAACCUGGGAAUUUUUGGAAAAGUGACCAGAAUUGUACAAUCCUAGUGUUGAGAAGUUGGUGAAGUUUGUGAAGAAGAUCCAGAUCUUGGGUCAGUUUUGUAUUUCCGGUACCGAUGGUUCAGGUUAGGAGAGGUGUAUAUAGUGUAA